GCCAAAAAAUACCUCCCUAUUGCUCACCAUGCAAGUCCCUCUACACACUUCUUCGUGCAGAGCUACAUUGCUGCCCUCAUUAGGCUUAAUGAUGCCUUCGGGCACCUAGUGGCUGAUCUAUUCCCUUCCCCUUUCAUGGCCACGAGCGAACGAACCAAGAACGCACGAGCUCGAUACCAACCCUCUCAUUAUAUGCGCACCCUAUGCUAAUCUCUCUUCCCUACUACUCUAUCUUAUAUAUACGCCAUUUUGUUUACUACCUCCACUCCGAGUUCCAUGCUGCCUGCUGCUGCAUAUCAUUCAACAACCCUCAGCCUGCUCCAUCGCCAACCCACUUCUACAUCCUAUUCACCAGUCCACUGUCUCUUUCCACUAAGAAGCCUAAUCCAAGAUGGCUGCCGGGGGGGCAGGAAAGGGAGAUUCUAUUCUUUACGAUCUUCUUGUCAACGCAGAGUGGACUUUGGAAGGAGAAAUUUUGAAGAAACCAGGAUCUGAUCAGCUGCGUGGAUCUCUUCCAAAAAAAUGCUGGACUGUCACUCAAAAUUCCAUAACAUGGAUUUUCAAAGGAAUGCAGAACAUAGUGAGUGGUUCUUCUAUGAUCAAUGGAAUCCCAGCCCAGUUACACAGGAUUGUGAGUGGAAAUAGUGGUUGGAGUAUAGCACUUUCAAGUGAUGGAAAUCUUUUGGCUGUGUUACAAGAACAGUGCAUAGAAAUAAGGUCUCUAAAGGAUGAUUUUAAUAGUGUAGUUGCAAAGUGUCCUGUUGAAAGAGAUACUUUACCACAGUGGCGGCAAUUAGCUUGGAGUCAGGAUUGUUCAAUGCUGGCCUGUUCAUAUAGUUGGGGAGAAGUUGCCGUGUUUGAUCUUGGUGGUGAACUUCUCUUUACUAUUCCACAGUGUUUGACAGGAUCAGUAAGUCUUCCAUCUAACCUUAGUAUGGCAGUUUCUGGUUUAGUUUUUAUAGACCACAAGAACAGCCCACAAUGGUCUGCAGAGCUCUUGGUAAUAAAUUAUGAUGGUACUCUAACCAACUAUCUGGUCAGCCCAACCAAUGGCUACCAGGAAAAUCAUACAUUUUCGUUUACCAAUAUCUUACACCAUGGUGUGUACUGUGUGACAUAUAUCGCCCAAUUCAAGUUGCUAGUUAUUGGCAGUGUUGCUGAAAGACAUGGGGAUACCUUUCUAGAAGAAGUACCAUCAGCAUUAGACUGUGGUUUAUCUGCAUGGAGAAUACUGUCUGGCUUUCCUUACUACAAGCAAAUAGAAGAUAACCAUAUUGAUAUUCAGGCUGGUUCUGAUAUGUUUAAGAGGAUCUCGAAGCUUUCAUUAUUCCAUUCAGCAGCAGGAAAGGAUGGUAUUUUCCAUACUUCUCUUUCACCUGAUAAAACAAAGCUUGCUGCAGUACAUAUAUCAGGAAUGUUAUCUGUCUGGCAUGUACCUUCUCUAAGAUACAGUAAUGCUUGGGGUCCAGAUGAUCAGCCAUCUGUUGAAAACCCUGAAGACGAGCUGGCAUUCAGUGCUUCAAUGAUGUUGAAAACAAAUAAAGGAGACACAUUCUUUGGACUAACAGAUGCCAAUUGGUGGUCACAGGAAGCUUUGAUACUUGCACACAGUAAAGGAGCAGUAACAGUUUCAUGUUUAACUGAAAGCUUGUACAAUCUUCUUGGUCACUCUCCUGAGUGGUGUGGACCUUGGCCUCACAUAACACAGGCUCAUCAUGGUGGUUUUCUAAUUCUUGAGUGUGAAAACUCUAUUUCUAAAUCUCGAUCUAAACUAUCAAUAACUAAAGACAAUGAAAUGGAUUAUAAUGAAGAUGAUGAUGAUGAUGACAGUGACGAUGAUGAAAUAACUCUUGGCCAAAAAACCAGAGCAUAUGCUAAACAGGUAUUAUUUUUUCUCACAGAAAGUGAACGUUUUCAACCUCCAGUCAAAAGACCAAAAGUGUUAUAUCGCACUUACCGACUGGUUUGUAUCCGUUCCACAACGCCAGAAGAAUUGUACUCAAGAAAGAUUGAGCUAGAAGAAUAUGGAGAUGCUUUGGUACUUGCCCAGACAUAUGGCUUGGACAGCGAUCUUGUGUAUCAGAAACAGUGGAGGAAAUCAAGAGUAUCUGUGGCCUCUAUCCACGAUUAUCUGAGUAAAGUUAAAAAUCGCUUGUGGGUGCUUAAUGAAUGUGUAGAGAGAGUACCUGAUACUUUAGAUGCAACCAAACAAUUACUGGAGUAUGGCCUGCGAGGCACUGAUGCAAAGGUGAUCGAUGCUUUGGGAAAGGGAGAAAAAGACAUUGGAUUCAUUAUUACAGAACAAGAAAAUAGUGAUGAACACCAGAAAACUCUAGAGGAAAAGCGACAAGAACAUACUAGGGAGAUUGAAGAUUCACUUGAUUUUACAAAUUUUAAUCUUGAGCAGCGUGAUGUAUGUCGUUAUCGUCUCAAGUUAUUAAAAUACCUUGAUCGUCUAUCCACAUAUGAAGCUAUCUUAGGUGGCCCUCAUAUCGCACAUGAGGAAUAUUCCAAGGAGUUCUUCCAAGGCUUCAGAGAAACCAAUGUAGUACAGGCUGCAGUGCAGUAUGCAAAGGAUGGUGAGUGGGAAGCACUGGAUGCUAUCUUCACAUACCAUGGCUUACACACUCUCCCUCAUAGAUUAGCGAUUUUGAGUAACUUUUCUGAAACRAAGCCACCAUCAGACUAUGAGGCUCUUUUACCCGAGGUUAGUGAAUCUUGCAAAGACGUCUUGCAUUGGGACCAAAGAUGCUGGAGGGCAAGUGAUUGGUGUGAGAAAGAAGAGUGUAAAAAGAUGCUGAACUGGGGAAAUGAAGGAGACAAUGGAGAUUUUUUGUAUGAAGAAAACCCUCAAUUGGAAGUAUAUAGAGUUAAGAUGACACCAGAUUUACUAACCCUGUGGUAUAAAAAUAGAGCGUUAGAAAUCGAAAGACUAUCUAAACAAGUCUCAAAUUCACUAGCCCUUAUCAAGCUGGGUAAAGAGAAACAUAUUCAAGGUCUUGAUAUUUUGUACGAUGACCUCCUUAUUAUGGAAACACUCAUUUAUGAGUGUUGUACAGAUGUACAUCUUGGCCUAGAGGAUUUCCAGACCAUGACUGAUCUGGAGAAACUACGUAUGAUACUGGCAAAAUCGAGCCAAGUGCAUUUUGUUAAGGACUUUAAGCGUUGGGCCUUACCAUUCUUGAACAGGAUGGAUAAAAGGAAUGCUGGUUCUGAAAACCGUCUAAUCCAUCAAUAUCUAACGGACAUUGCCAAGUUUGAUCUGACGUACGUCCUGAAAGUCUUUCAGAACUCGACAACCGAGCUGAAAGAGCCACUCAUAGUCGACGUAGAACAACUUAUGAAACUUUCUAUUGAAUGUAUAUACAUUUGUAAGAGAGACGAUCAAGUGGAUUUGGGUUUUAGUAUUUUGGACUGCCUACCUCCCCCAGACGAGGACAUUUUGUCAGAUCAAAUCCGUGAACUGAACAAGCAAGUAGACAAGCUAGAGAAUCAUCUUCGUGCUUGUCAGAUUCUUGACAAACAUCGUCUUUCUAAACCGGUUCAUUAUAUCGUGGACACAGAAGCAAACAUUGAUGAAGCUAAAAAUUUGAUGACUACGUUAGCAACCUUGACCGCCAAACGAUCACCGCCAGUAAGAGAAAAUAAUUGGAAGGAAUUGCUAAAGGACUUGUUAAGCCUACAGCAACUGGUGUAUGACUGUCUUGACUCCGAUACAUGUUACGAGAUAUAUACGAAAACACUGCUCCAUUCUGGAAUAACCGAGAAUAUUCUCCUUGCUGGUCAAAUGUUGCACAAGUCAGGCAUUGCAGAACAUCAUCGACCUCCCCAAGAUCAGUUAUCAGGACCUCGCAUACCAUACCGUCAGUCUGUGGAGCUGGUAUUAGAGGCAAGCAGAGAAUACUAUAACUCGUCAAAUGAUUUAUCAGAUUCUGCUAUGGAAUUGGCCAGAACAUGCCUUAACUUGUUCGAGGAACGACCUGUUCAAAUCCAGGAAGAAUUUAAUCUUGUCGAAGCUCUUUCUUUGUUAAAUGACUUUGGCAUUCAAGUUCUUCCAUUGGAAGUACGUCUUUGUGACGAUAAGCUUGGUUUGGUUCAAAAGGCUUUAGAAAGCUCGCUUGAUGCCUACAAGAAAACGCAAAAGAUUCUUAGUCUAGCUAGCCUAUUGCAAGUGUCAGGGUCAGAAGAACAAACAAGAAAAGGAAGAGUUCUUAUUUUAGUAGCGGAAGCAGCUCUCGCUAAAAGUGAUUUUACAGCGGCAUAUGGUAUAUGCCAGCAGCUAAUGAAAGAGGGUUACCAUUCUGCCUGGCGUGUCUGCAGAGCUGUGGGAGAAAAUGAAGAUUAUAAAGACCUUAUAGCUCGACAGUCGCUGUUAUCGUUUGCGUUAACUCACUGUUCUCCAGACGUGAUUGAAACAUUGAUCAACAGUAGGAGCCUAGUAGAAACGCAGAUCUUGUACAAAGAACUUAGUAGGCACAACGGCAAGGAAGAAGAGGAGGACGAGGAAGAAAGCGAAGCAAAAAACAAGAAAUCACUGCUUUCUCAAAUGGCGGGACGUGAUUGGUGGAGAGAUACAGUGAUGUGGAUACGACCUUUACAUCUUGGUUCUAAAGCCUUGAACGGGCAAUGUCCGAAUGAUAAUGAAAGUAACGAGCUCCUCAUUCAAAACUUUCACCCCUUCUAUCAAACGUUGAUGAGGAAGGACAAACAGUACCAGUUAGAGGCUGGUCUUCCGUAUUCUCAACUUUGUGCUCAAAGGAAAUCCAACAGUGAGUUUUAUAUUAGACACUGUUUGUUACGAUUACAAAAACUUUCCGAGUGCCGCGCCGAGGGAAGUAUAGAGGAACCGGCAACAGAAGUUCUGCUUUCGCUUGCGGAUUCAGCGUUAAAGUUUGACACAGCACAAGGUUUGGCGUAUCUGUUGGCCUUACCAAAGCUUUCAGAAGCCAACCAGAUAUUCCAGAAUUACGCCAAUGACUACUUCUGCCUUCACCUGGCCACCUAUUCCUUCGCUUUAGAGAUCUACACCACGAUAAACCCUGACGAGACAUUGGACCAGCCACCAGUUUAUUCCCAGGACCCUGAUGACGUCAUAACUCACGUGAUAAACGAAGUAAACCACAUUGUUGGAUGUAAUUGUCCUGAAGAUCUGCAAGAUGUUUGUUCGUGUUUGAUCAAGUGGUAUAAUCAGAUGACUGACUUUGCGCAAGCGCAGUUGUUACAUAGCCUUGGGCGAGGUGUGGACAUUGGUCGUUUUGCACGUGAUUUGGAGUAUAAGAAAGAAACGAUUUUAGGUUUGGCAAUGACAGUUGAAGAUAAUGUGUUUACGACUGCAAUAUCAUUGGCUGAUCGUUAUGACAUAUCUCAAUGGGAAGUCCUGAUUGGUCAUCUAGAGUGGCUGUUUUCAGAUAGCAGAAUGGCAACCAAGGAAAUACAAGAUCGCGUAAAUCGUCUAGAAAUGAUGACUUGCUUGAUGAAAGAUCCUGUUCAGACCUCUAUUAGGAUGAUGAACAAUAUUUACCCUACGAUAGAUGGUACAAUGCACGCUCGUUUGAUAUACUAUUACAUGUUACUGCAACAGUGUCAAGAGAAAAAUGCCCCAGUACAGGAUGUACUUGAUGCUCAAACGCAUGUCAAAGUUCUAAAGAAAUUGAAGUCUGCUGCACCAGGGCUUGAUUACAAGAAACUUAUUUUCGGUACAUCACCUUUACAAGUCAUGGCCACUGUACUUAGCAGCAGCAAUGUUCAUUUACUUGCAAAACUGGGAUCUAAGAUUCCUACAAAGGAUGGAGGCUUCAUCAGCCCGAGCGAGGUUUUUCGAACCUUUACGGAGAACCUCUUUUGGAAAGGAGAACAGAAAUCAAAAGAAAACGGGCAGGAUGACACGAUCGACUGGGUUCAUCGCUACGACGCUUGUCAUAAGUUCUUUACACGUUUAACCCCUACAGACCUCGUUAAACUGGUCGAUAAUAUGACAUUCAGUGAGCAAGCUGUGGAUACGUUACCCUUAGAAAGAAGAGUAGAUAUAGUCAACAGGUCACUUAGAUUUGUACGCCAGCAGGAUGCAGCACUUAAGAAAAAAGGUGUCCCAGAUGGCGAAGAGCUGAGACAAGAAAACUGCGAUGGAAUGACGUACGAGAAAGUUGCCCUUCAUCUAGAACAGUCUGCAAGACAUCUYGAGUCUAUGACAGAUGGGAUAAUCUACGAACUUAUUAAUUUGGAUGAGGAUAAUAAUACCCAGUACGCUCGCCUGUACGAUCUCACCCGUUCUUCACCCGAUCUAAUGAAUACCUUAGUAUCAAACAUGAUCACCAAUGGUGUAUCUCUGGAAAGUGCAAACAAUUUGCUCAGAUUGGCUUCCCGACAAACCCAUCAGUCUUGGAGAGUUAUUCAUGCCCUUCAAGAUUGUUUAACAAGAAUUCUUAAUGCGCUGAGCGACCCAGAAAACACAUCGUUUAAGACGUCGUGUCCUUCGAAAAAUGUCAUGGAGGUCUUCGAGAACAUCAUCAUGACGGUCAGCAGUCACAUCAAAAACGGAGGGAGCCUGGUAACGCAAGAGGACGUCCUUUCCAUUCUGCGACCAUUCUGCGCUAAUGUACUCGUACCUGCUAAAGUGAAAACUGCGGUGUUACAUACUUUGGAAGGCUAUUUUGAUUUUAGCGGGGAAGACACAUUUUUACUUCUUUUCUAUCAGACAGAAGCCAUUGUUACUGCAAAUUGGAAAAAAGAGCUCUUGCCAGACGAUAUCGAUAGCGACGGGAAAAGGCACGAUUUAUUUAUGGAGCUGUUAAAGCGAGCAACCUCCUUGCAAGAACUCUUAUCAGUUGGUACACUUCUUCAUAUAUGGCCUGUUUUAGCAGCAACUGAACUCAGUGAACAUGAUCCAGAGAUCAAUCCUUGGAUUCAGUUAAUGCAAAAGAUGAUAGAGUAUGGUGAUGAUGGACAACAUUUCCUAGGAUUGAUGAAAAAUACUGCUAUUUCUACAGCGCUUGAAGUGCAGUGCUGCCACUACGUGUUUGAUAUUCUACUAAGCAGCAGUCGCUGUCCAGAUGUAGUUGCGCUCAAGUUUGGCCUUAGGACUGGGCACAAAGAACUUCAUCAUGCAGUAAUAGCACGAAUGACAAACUUAACGGUAAACGAAGAAACUUGUGAUGACGAACUUCUAGAGAGUUUGGUUUUGUCUAACCUUGCACCAGAAGUAGCAAAAACACCUUUCUUAAAGCCUUUAUUCAAAUUUGUGUUGGGAAAUAGUCGGUCAAACGAGAAAGAGAGUGGUGUUGAGGGUGUAUGCGUAAAGAAGGUAGCAGCUCAACUACAGUCUGCUGGUUAUUCCGCUGAAGCAGGCUCACUAUUGUUGAGCUACCAUAGGGUACCUGUAGUAUUAAGAACAUUAGACAGUGCGUUAGGUACACUCUCCGAGUGGCUUAAAAGAUAGAUUUAGCCAAAGAUGGUCGUUGGUUUAUUCUCGGUGUUGUCAUAUUGUGAUAUAAGUGCAAGGAUCCCACUAUUUUAAUUUUUUAUUACUAAACACUAGCCAUUAUGAGACAUCACAUUUACAAUAAACAUUGUUGAAACCUCGAGUUUAAUGAUGGUGCUUUUUAACUACUGUUUGUGAGAACCAGUCAAAAUUUGCAUAUUUAAUGGAGCCUGGGCUGACGUCACAUUCAGUAACAUAAUCGAAGUAUAAAUCUUCAUAAGGGCGCAACGUUCAAAUGAAGAAAUAUGAAGCAUCAAUACUGAAAGUAUUGUAUCAGGGGUUAAAUGUAUUUUAAAAGCUAUAGAGUGGAAACAAGGCUUAAUAACUACUUAGUAACUCAUUAUCACUCGUACCGGCACAGACCAAAAGAACCUUUGAGUGUUAAACAAUAAAAUGAAACUGGUAAAUUCCAA